AGUGCCUUUUGGCUGAUACGGGUGCCGAUUCGCCCGAUUCGGCGCGCAAGGCAACCUGAUGGCGGAGUCAUCUCGCGAAGCAGUCGAGGCGCGGCUGACGGAGUUGGAGGCCCAUGGCCUCAUGUCAGAAGGGCAACCAGACGAAUCAGCGCUGGUGUACCUGCGCAAUUGCGACCCUACCAUUGCGCUGGAAGCCCUGGAGCAGUGGGAGCAGGGGUCCUUCCACACCCGGGACAACCCCUCCGCGUCGCUGGUCAGCCUGCUAAAACGCCUGAACCGGCAAGGCCACAAUCUUGCUGUAAGAGGCGCGGUCGAACCAGACCAAGCAGCAGAAGAGCAGGUGGAGGAACUCUUGUCCCAGUACGGCGACAAGAUCGACGACAGCGCCAAGAAGGCCCUGCACACCUUGGGCCCGAUUCAGGCUGCGUCGAUCCUCAUGGACAUAGAUCAGCAGGGGGACGGCAUUCGCAACCCCUCAGCGUUUAUUAUGAGCGCUGUGAAGAGGAACUCCGGCCAGGAGGGAAGCUCCAGUUCUGGCCGCAGGAGUUCCAGUGGGGCAAAGAGAGAACCUCGUCUGGAGCAAGGCCCUUAUGCUGAUCAUCGGUCUGAUGAUCGCCAUAGCUCAUACUCGCGGCGGCGCGACAAUGACAGGGGCGGCUAUGACAGGGGUGAUGACAGGGGCUACGACAGAGGCAGCACCUAUGAGAGGGGCAGCGCCUACGACAGCGGCGCCAAAGAUAGAAGCUCUAGGUACAAUGGAGGGGCCUACGGUAGCUACGGCAGUGAUAGAAAUUCCAGAUACGAGGAUGGCCACGCAGGUGGCAGUUACUCCAGUGGCGGCAAGAGAAGUAGAUACAGUGAUUACGACAGGGGCGGAAGCCUGGAGGGACAAAUCGAAUCGUUGCUGGAAGGCCUGGACAUCGACGAGAGCGCUCGAGGCCAUUUGGCCUCUGUGCCGGAGGAGUCUCAGGUGCAGCUUCUGGAGGAACUGUCACGGGACAGCCAAGUCAUCCGGAAUCACUCAGCCUUCACCAUCGCCACGGUGAAGAAAAUCAAAGACGGGAAGUAUCGCCCUCGAAACCCGCGCGACUCUGGCGGAGGUCGGGAGCGGGAAAGUGGUUACAGCCAUUCCAGAACCAGAAGCAGCUACCACGAAAGCCGCAAGGAAGCAGAAGAGGAGGCCAGAUGGCCCUCUUACUCGCAGUCCACCUGGUCCUCGCUUGAUGAGAAGGCACAGGCUAUGGUGAAUACCCUCUCGCAGGAGGCUGCAGCUGCAUUGCUCAGCGAGUUGGAGUCGAAAAUGGCAACCGUCAACAAUCCUUCUGCUUUCGUUUGUAGCCAAGCUCGACGUUACAGAAGAUAUGGCCAGGAGAAUUACGAGGAUCGCUCAUCCGGAAACAGGUACCGAGCCUACGAGCGGCAAAGAAGCCGAAGCCCGCGACGCGAGCCAGGCGUGAAUCUCACCGAGCCGGAUGACUACGAGGAUGCAGACGCUGAGAAGCCACAGGAUCAGGUGGUCAAGUUUGUCAACGAGAAUAAGCUCGGGUUAGAUGACAGAGCCAUGAAAGCUUUGUGCUCUGUGCCGGCCAUGCAGGCUGUCCAAGUCAUGAGGGACUUGAUGGACUUGCUGGAUGAGGGCAAGGACGUCAGGAAAGGCUCUGCUUAUGUCUUGAAGGCCUGUCGGGAGAUCGCCCAAGAUGCUGGCUGGACUCCACACGAGGUCAAUGGAUCUGACGGACUAGAUGAAGAGGAUGACACGGAGGUGCCGGCCGACUGGCGCUCGAUGCCGCUGCGCAAGUGGCUCAAGAGUGUUGAUGGCGGCAAGGGAUUUCUGAUGCAGUAUGAGGAGCCGCUGAUGGCCAAUUAUGACACACUUGAGCAGAUCAUGGAGCUCUAUGUGACACCUCCUGGCGAUGAUGGCAAGAUUGCCAUUGACCAGACUUUCUUCGAUGACUUGAAGGUGGAGAAGACUGGUCACAAGCGGCUCUUUGAGAAGUGGUUCAACGACCAGUGGGACUUAUGAGCUUUGGAGCUGGCCUUGAGGGGUACCGUAAGGACCCAGUGCUUCAAGC